AUGCCUCCAAAAAAAGAAAGUAAUAAAAAAUUAGAAAAAGAAAAACAAAAAAUUGUAGAAGAUAAAACAUUUGGAUUAAAGAACAAGAAUAAGAGUAAAAGUGUCCAAAGAUAUAUAAAAGGUGUUCAGCAACAAGUAUUUCAAACUAAAAGAAAACCUGAAGAAAAGAGGAAAGAAGAGAAGGAGAAAGAAAAACUAAAUCAACAAAAAUUAUUAUUAAAUUCAAUCUAUCAAAAAACCGAAAAGGUUAAAAAAAUCAACGAAACAACAUCAACUACCUACGACCCUAAAAAAUCAAAAGAAGCACAAAAAAUUGAUAUAUAUACUGAUAUCAGAGAUAGUAAAAAUGAUAAAGAAAAUGAUACUAUAGAUAAAUGGGAUAUACAUAAAUUAAACGAAGUUAUAAAUAUUAGGCACAAAAAUGUAAAUAAAACAGAUAUCAUUUGUAAAUUCUUUUUAAACGCCGUUGAAAAUAAGCAAUAUGGAUGGUUUUGGGUUUGUCCAAAUGGAGGAGAUAAUUGUAAAUAUAAGCAUUGCUUACCUCAAGGUUAUGUGUUAAAAAAACAAGAACCAACGGAAGCAGAAAAAGACGAAACACCUUUAGAAGACAUCAUUGAAGAAGAGAGAAUGAAAUAUAUAAAUAAUGGCACACCAGUUACCUUGGAAUUGUUCAAGAAGUGGAAAGAAGAAAACGCUGAUAAAUAUAAAUUAAAAAAAGACGAUCAAAAAGAAAAAGUCGAGAAAAAAGCGAAAACGAAUGUAUUAUCAGGAAAAGAAUUAUUUACCUACGACCCAACAUUAUUCGUUGAUGAUGAUAAUGCGGCUAAUACGAACGAAUACGAUGACUUAUUUUAUGAUGAUGAGGACGAUAAGGAAGAUACUCCAGAAAAGAAAAAUUGUGUAAACGGAGAAAUAAAAGAAAAUCUUAAUGAAAAAAGAGAAGAUGAAGUUCCAAUUAAUAGUGAGUUAUUUAUUGAUGAACUGGAUGAUUUGGAUCAAUUAGAUUAA